AUGAAGACGGCAGUGCUGCUCUGCCUGCUUGUCCUUAAGCUUAUCCUUGCUGGAGGAAGUUCGAUAAGAGAGAAUCUUCUCAGUCAAGAUGUCGUUGCGUUGUUCUCUCUCGAUGAAGAGGAGGAGGUGGCGGAGCUGCAAGUUUUCGUGGAGGAUAAAACUACAGGCGAAGUGUUCCCAUACUCAAGUGGAAGGAUUGAGCUCUGGAGGGAGAACCAUGCGCUGAUGAUGAAUGUCAGUGACACGAGCGAGCUCAGCGUGUCCGUCAGACACUCAAACACCUACCUGUGGGCAUCGGUGUACGAUGACAAGGGAAACUGGAUCGCUGAGAGCAAUGUCCUGCAUACUGGGUUCCGAGCAGGUGUGAGGACGAUGAUCCAUGAGGCAGUGAGCAACGCUGUGUGGGUGGACGGGGAUCAGAUACACUUUGAUGUGCUGAUAGAGCUACUCGAAGACUUCGAGUCGUUCAUGAUCAGCAAGGGUGUCAUCGUGAUUGACAACCAGACAGUCGGCAUGAUGAGCAUCGAACAUACAUUCGAUCGCUCCAACCCAUCAGGAACGUUCACAUACCAUCAUCAUGGAGAGGUGGAAGUAGGUAGGCACACACUCUCCAUAGCGCUGCUGUACCCUGGGCAGGGAACGCCCUGUGCUCUGUCGCCGCAGUUGUGGUUUGAAGUCCGAGCAAAGAGCCUGGAAAGAUUGGAGUUUGAGAGUGAGCAGAUCAUCAAGGCAGACACUAGCUUCAUCGAUGAGAACUGUGUGAACGAAUUUGUUGCUUGCGUUGUGAAGCGAGAGGCUAAAAUCCCUCCAAAUCGUCAGUACACGGAAGUUCUCGAUGGCGCAGAUUUCUGUUUCUCAAGCCUCUGCGAGCACUUCCAGGCACGGGAGGAUCGAGAGCUCAUUUUCAAAACCUUAACGGACAGGUCGAUGCAGGAGGCGAUGACCCUUCACUUCUCCGCCAUCUUGCAAGGAUUCAAGGCACGAGCUCAUCUUCCUUCCUCUCUGUCUCCCGUCACUUUCCCUGACUUUCCCCUGUGGAUGGCCUUGAAAGCCUAUCGCACCGUCAUGAGGCUGGUCGGAUACUCAAGCAGACCGCUGACCAAGGCACAGUGCACGUAUCCAGGUUGUAAUGAAAUCAGCAAGGACACUUGUAACAUUAUGAACCGAUUGCUGCAUCAGAUGGACCUCAGCUCAGACUUCUCACCGGGAGGGGCCGCAAACUCCUCAGAGUCGUUCAGAUCCUACAAGUCCCACCUGAGGCAUAUCUUGCGAUACAACCUUGACGACAUUGUGUUUUGCUGCUUGACAACUGCGACGACUUACAGAUCGCGAGCUGGUAUCGUGGCAAGCACCUGGUGGCCGCACGCGAGGUUCCGCUACUUCUACGGGGACAAGGAGGAUGCAGACUUGCCGGUGACGGAGUUCACGAUCGUCAAGGAGCUGAAGGAGAAGAGCGAAGAUGCCAGGUAUCUAUGGGAAGAGAUCAUGGCGGCUGAUUAUGCCUCGUCACUCCCGAAGUUCUUCAUGGCGUUGCUUGAUAUGUACACGAGGCAUCCCAAUGCCUCCUGGUUCUUCCUCGGAGGAGACGACAACUUCGUGGUGCCCGUCAACCUGCUGCAUCAGCUGCAGCCCCUCAAUGCGGAUGAGAAACUGGUGGUCGGAGGACCUCUGGGGCAUCACCUGGGAGUCGGAAAUUAUCUGUCGGGAGGCUCAGGCAUAGUGUUUUCCCGCGGCUUCAUGCUCGCCACCUACAGGAAGCUGAUCCCCUUCACCGUCUCCUGGAGAAGGGUGCGGGGGAAGCACAUGCUCUGCCAUCCCUGUGCAGACGUUGCUUUCGGUUUUCUCGCUAACGACGUGGGGGCGAAGAUGGUUGAGAUCCCCUGCAUGCAUGGCAUGUGGCCGGAAUACUUCGCGCUCCACUCGACCCGCCACGUUCCCGGCUGCCUAUCGCGUGCAAGGGUUCGGUACCCCCAGAUCUCCUGCGACCGGUACUGCACACCUGGCGAUGAGCUGGGGGGGCAGCUGAGGAAGGACAUCUGA